AUGAACAGAAACUGUGUGCUUGUUGUCUCCGCAAUCUCAUGGAGCUCAAUCACUCUGCUGGGACCUCGCGCGUCUGUAAAGUUCCACUCGUUCACCAACGAGAAUGGGGAAGAGGAGGCCGACGCAAGGAUGAUCGCAGAUGGUUUCUCACUCGUACAAGUCUUGAACAUUCGUCAUCCCGUGGGCUCCUUGAUCAGAGAGACAACUUGCGGUCAGCAGGUGAAGACACUGAGAGGUUUCGUGACCGUGAUGCUCAGCUAUGCAGGAGGAGGCAGGUUUUACGAUCUUGUUGACGGAGGGUUUGAUCGCGUGCGCGUCAUGGUGGGGCUUCGCAAGGUCUUGGAUGUUGUGGACAGCUUCUUGCAGUCGUCGUCGGUUGCCGUCAGCCAGGUGCUGAGGGAGAGAGCUAGGCAACGGGGGAUCGAAGACAAGAAGCUCGUGAGCUCGGGCAGCCAGGGGGAUGAUGACUUUUCCUGGUUCGACGAGCUGGAGCUUGAUCAAGAGUGCGAUGAAAGUGCCGGUCCGGUCAGAGGCGAUGCCUCCGAUGCAGGAAAACUGGAGGAAGGCUGCCGCAUGGCGUUUCGAGAGUUUGUCGGAGCAGUGUCCCAUGAAAGCCAGGAAGCUACUCGACUGGUGACGGCAAGUCUGAUCCAACUCGGCCGCCAUGUCCGUUCCGAUUCUCUAAAGACCCACAUCAUUCCUGGCCUUAACCCGAAGCGAUCUCAAACAUUUCCCGGCAUUGUUGUCUCAUCGCCGGAGCAUCAUGAUCACCUUCAUGCGAGAAUGCGAAAGUUUGGAGGGACGAGAACAAACUCCUGGCGAAGCGAAGAGCGGUGGAGCUCGAUGGCCCAUGAAGGAGCUGGAGAGGAGGGAGCCGUCGGAUGGUUUCUCAACUUUCAAAGAGUCAGAGUUGCAGUGAUGGCCGAGGGUUUCUUGUAUCGGAGCAACUUCGUGGAGGAGGGGGGGGGCAAGGAAACAACUCUGGUGUACAGCAGAGUCGAAGAAUUCAUGGAGAGGGAGAGGACGGACAUGCUGGAGGACCGGAUCGUAACGUUCGCGUUGAGGUGUAAGGAAUUUGACUUGGCCUGUCUGCUGCUGCGGGAUCGGCCGAGCGCGAAAUUCAUCAGUAUACUAGAGAUGAAGGACGUGAUGGUUGUGUGGGGGAUUACGCUGAAAGAAAGUCUGCAGCUCUGUCAGAUGCUGGAGGUGUCCCAGGUACCAUCAGCUGCUGACUUUGAUGAGGGACAUGUCGGGAGGAGGAGAGUGGCGAUUGGGAUGUUGAGCAGAGCAUUUGAGGAGAAGAAGUUGUUCACUCAUUUGAACUACACGCCCCCGAGCAUGUCAGCUGUAGCAAUUGCUCUGUUGCAGAAUGAGGAGGAGGGGGAGGAGGAGAGGGAGGAGGAGGCAGCGGAUAGCUUGAGGAGCUCACAUUCCACCUUCGAGCCCCCGAUCAUAGAGGAAGUUUGUCGUUCAGGGGAAGGUGUCACAACUGACCAACAACGGCAGGAGCAGAAAUUCAUCUCAUUGCAAGAUGGUAUCUGGCAGGAGGUACUUCAUGCGGUCAUGAUCAGCAAUGGGAUGGGUGAGGAUGAAGCGGCUCUGAGGGUGUCAGCCUUCUCGAUUGAGGCCCGAGUCAGACAGCACGGAGAUUCACUCAGGAGGAAAGUUGGAGACGAGAUCUUCUGGAGAGAUCAGGUCCCGCUCCAGCUCGCUUCCGACGUCACAGGGGAUAGCAAGGCACAAGACACGUCUCGGCCGAGAUUCAUCUUUGAUGACUUCAUAGCAACUCGAGCAGCUCUUAGACGAUCUUUGGAGUUCUGCAUCCUACUUCUCUCAUCAUCGCAGAUCUGGUAUCCUGCCGAGUGA